ACGCGCUGACGUCGACGCGCUGAUACCUUAUUCUUAGCUCGUGUUCCCAGUCUCUAGGAUGGCCCGUGUCCAGCGGCAGGAGUAGGGGUGGCGUGGUUCUUCAAUUUCGCGUCGGUUGCGGUUUUUUCUUUUUUCUUUUUAAGUUGCGGUGGUAUAAAAGUCGGAAUCUGGAAAGGGGCCGCCACAACUCGUUUUCUUUUCUCCAAGUUUGCGACUCCCCGGUCCAAGAUGGACAAAGUCUGUGCUGUUUUUGGAGGCUCCCGGGGCAUUGGCAGGGCAGUGGCCCAGUUAAUGGCCCAGAAAGGCUACCGACUGGCCAUCAUCGCCAGAAAUCUGGAAGUGGCCAAAGCCGCCGCCGCUGAUCUCGGCGGUGGUCAUUUGGCAGUUAGCUGUGAUGUUGCCAAAGAACAUGAUGUUCAAAAUGCAUUUGAAGAGAUAGAGAAAAACUUAGGUCCCGUUAAUUUCUUGGUGAAUGCAGCUGGAAUUAACAGGGAUAACCUCUUAGUAAGAACUACAACUGAAGACAUGAUAUCUCAGCUUCAUACUAACCUUUUGGGUUCCAUGCUGACCUGUAAAGCUGCCAUGAGAACCAUGAUUCGACAACAGAGAGGAUCUAUUGUUAAUGUAGGAAGUGUGAUCGGUUUGAAAGGCAACAUUGGCCAGUGUGCGUACAGUGCCAGUAAAGGAGGGUUGGUUGGAUUUUCCUGCGCUCUCGCCAAAGAAGUAGCGAGAAAGAAAAUUCGAGUGAAUGUAGUUGCACCAGGAUUUGUUCGUACAGAUAUGACGAAAGGCAUGAAAGAAGAACAUUUCAAGAAAAGUAUUCCUCUUGGGAGAUUUGGAGAACCUAUUGAUGUGGCACACGCGGUUCUGUUUCUUUUAGAAUCACCAUAUAUUACAGGGCACGUUCUGGUGGUGGAUGGGGGAUUACAACUCAGGAUGUAAUUUACAGAUCACUAAAUUAUAAUGAUGAUGUAAAUCAGGGGUACACUUUAUUGGUUAGACAAUCAUAUUUACAUGGGUGGCAUUUGCUAGUAAAAUGCAUUCUUGCUACAAAUGUUGAUUUUCAUCUUUGUAUGUUUAUAUCCGAAAAGAAAAUGUUUGACCAAUUGUGUUUUCUAAAUGGUAUGUAUCCUAUAGACUGUUGCAAUUUUAAUAUAUAGACAUUUUCCAGAUGAUAUAAAUAGGUACUAUAUUACCUUUAUUUUUGUCUCAAAAGUGGAAAAAUUAUACAGUUUAAUUUUUAUGAGUUUAUUAUAUUGGGCUGAAUUCUCUAGAAGUUAAACUUGUGGGCCAUUGCCAAAAAAUAAGAGUAUUUAUAGGGCAUUUGUUAGUUGUAGUACUUUAGCAACCCUGCUAAAGUUAAACAUUGUAUUCUUUUUCCUAUAUCUAGAUGAUCAGUUUUCAUACAGUUUGAAAAAACAAACAAACCAGUAUUGAUUUGAUACAGAUAUGAAUUUAGAGUCUGUUUUUUUUCCAGUGACAUUACCCCCAAUUGAGCAGCUGGACAAAAUAGUCUACAAACAUAUGUGUGGUACAGUCGAUCCAUUUUAUAGAAAUUCAUUAUGAUGAUGAGCAUUUACUCUUAUCUUAAGGUUUAAUAUCUGCUAAAUUGAUAAUCUUAUCAACUCAGGAAGUGGAAGUUGUGUUUUUUUUAUCUACAAAUCAUUCAGUACAGCAAACUACUUAAAAAUAGUAUAAAAAUAAUAUUUUAACAAUGAAGAAUAUUUUGAAUAUGAUUCUUAUCGUAUAAUUUUAGAUAGUAUGCUUAAUUACUUAUGAACAGUCAUAAAUGAUGAAUAUGCAGUAACAAUGGAUUGGAUGUCUUUACAAGGAACAAAACAUUAGUUUUAAAAGAAAAUAUUUGCCUGAGAAUAGAGGUAAAUACACAAACUGAAAGCCAACUAUCAGGCAACAUCUAUUUUGCAUUGAACUGUUUUGUGGGGAAUAGUGUGAUAUUUUAGUGUCACUAGAUUCAUGUUGAUUUUUAUGAAUUAAAUUAAAAUGUUUAAAAUAUUUACUGCAUUUAAAAAAUUAUCCUAGUUAUACGUUUGUUGAGGCUGAACAUUUUAUUUUAUGGAAACUGGUUUAAUUUUACAUUGAAAGUCAGUGCAAAACCUUAAAUAGGAUAUAGAAAUAAAUGCGAAGUAAUUAAAAUAAAAAAUAAAAAAUAAUGAAAGUAAAUCUGUUUUAAAUUAAGAUUGCUGAUUUCUUAAAAAUUACUUUAGAAUUUAUCUUUGAAAUAAUCUUCUUUACUUCCAUGAGUACAUUUUGAAUUUGAGAAAGUCAAGUGUGAACAUUGUCUACUAAGUGCAAGCAUGGUCAUUUACAGACCUUACCAGGCACUGCCAGUUCUAGGCGCGUAUAGGGAAUGCUGCAUUGAAGACGGUUUCGCGUGGGGCAGCUGAUGCGUCUGGGCUAGGGGAGUGCAUGCAGUCAGAGCAGGCCGUUUUUGUAAUGCUGUCUCCCCGGCAGGCCUUGGGCUGCCUGCACCUCUUCAUUUGGACAUCCUCUCAGGCUUGAAUCCCUCCUCUGGACACUUGACCUUCUGCUAUUACCAGUGAGGAUGAUUGGGCACGUGAUUAGGAAGAAAGCAACACGUUUCGUGAAACUGAUGACACUAAGAUGUAGGUUACAGAUAGGGUUAGGGUUAACCGUGUGUCUGUUUACAUUAAAAAUGUAACCACCCUUUCCUCCAUCCCCUAUCGAGCUGCUCGUGUGAUAUGGGGAGAAAUCUUGAAAGUGGUAAAAUAAGCUUUCAGUGUCUCACUCCAGGUGAGUUUUCC